ACAAAGAUAUUUUUUUUUGCAUUAAUUUAAUAAAGAAUUAUUCAUUGAAAACGCAAGUAUCGUUCAUCUCCUCCAAAUGUUCUUUUUUCUUUUAAUUUUGCUUUCUCUCUAAAAGUCCAACAGCGACAACAUAAGUUUCUCUCUCUACAAUGGCGUGUCUAUAUAAAGCAAGGUCGUCGAUUCAUAACGACCAUCUCCAUUACUUCUCCAUAACCUAUCAAGAAACAAAAACAAGAUAAGAUCUCUUCUGAUUCAACACUCCAAGAAAUUCAAGAAUCCAACUCGUUUAGAUUCUUUCUUAGCUCAAGAAUGAAACUGAUUGAGAAAACGAUGAACAUGACUAUGGAGGAGGAGGAGAAGCAAGACGGUGGUGAGGUUUUCCAUACCAUCGAGGUAGCUAAAGUUGACCGGAACUACGUGUCUCCGCCGGCGGCGGCUACAGCUGCACCACUGCUAGAAGUUUCCGGCGAAGAACUUAACCUGAUUCCACCGUUGAACUUUGCGAUUGUUGAUAAUGGUAUAUUCCGGUCUGGAUUCCCGGACAUAGCGAACUUCUCCUUCAUCAAGACUCUUGGCCUUCGCUCAAUCAUAUCUUUGUGUCCAGAGCCAUAUCCUGAGAACAACAUGCAGUUCCUCAAAUCCAAUGGAAUUAGUCUUUUUCAGUUUGGCAUUGAAGGCUCCAAGUCCAAGUGUCUCCCCGGGUUAGAGAACGAGGUUUGGUUGCAUAUUUGGAGUUCUAAGCAUCAGAAAGAGGGUUCCUAUACAAAUGGAAAUUCGAAAACUUCGGAGCCAUUAGUAGAUAUCCUAGAUCAUAAAAUCCGUGAAGCACUCAAAGUCCUUCUCGAUGAAAAGAACCAUCCACUUUUGAUUCAUUGCAAACGAGGCAAGCACAGAACCGGGUGUCUUGUUGGAUGCAUGAGGAAACUCCAGAAAUGGUGCAUAACAUCGAUAUUCGAUGAGUACCAGCGAUUCGCAGCGGCUAAAGCUAGAGUUUCGGAUCAAAGGUUCAUGGAGUCAUUCGAUGUGUCAGGCUUGAAGCACAUUCCAAUGUCUUUCUCUUGCUCCAAUAGGUAAAUUGAAAACGGAAUAAAGAAGGUUAAUUUGAUCAAUCGGUCAGCCCCUUUUUCCAUAGUUAAAUAACAAAAUUAAAGGAGGAAUUAUCAUACUGGUUUUUUGUUUUCUUUUCUUUUUCUCCUGAAUCAAAUAAAAACAAUAAUUAAUAAUUAAUUGGAAGAAGAAGAAGUAUAUUCCUUUUCUCUUGAUUCUUUUGUAAGCUAAACUAAUAAUGUC